AUGGCCAUAAAUCAACUGCUCCCCCUUCUGUUCCUUCGCAUAAUGGAGAGAGACGGCCAAGCCGCCAACGACGAAGCUUAUUUCUACCUGAAAGACGAUGAAGUUGACGAAUCUCAGUACAUUUACACCAUCAAUGCAAUCUUGAAUGGCACUGCUAGGCUAAACAUUCUUCUACCAACAGCCACAAUCCUUGCUUUCACAAUAUUUGCUCCCUUGCUUACCAAUGAUGGAAGAUGCACCAGUUUGAACCAUUGGCUAAUGGGUUUCUUCUGGGGACUAAUGGCAGCCUCCUGUGUCUUCUUCACAUUCACCGACAGCUUUCGGGCAAGUUCCGGAAGGCUGUAUUACGGGGUUGCCACAUUUAGGGGGAUAUGGCCUUUCAAUGGAGGAAGCGUGAGACCAAUGGUGGUGUCUGAUUACAGGCUGAGAUGGGCUGAUCUCUUCCACGCAUCGCUAUCUCUGAUCGCUUUUCUUGCUUUUGCAGGGUCACAUAGCGAUGUUGUGUCCUGUUAUUAUCCAGGUACAUCUAGGAAGGUUAUUAACACUGUUCCUCUGGUGAUUGGUUUUGUAAUAAGUGUUUUGUUUGUGGUGUUCCCUUCCAAGAGAAGGGGCAUUGGGUACCCUUUCUUGCUGCAGAGGGAUGCUUUGUACUCGAGAUGUUAG